GAAAGGAAGACCAUAUUCCAUUCUUCCAAUUAUAUAUACUUCUCUUAAGAAUUAAGAUAACUACCAUUUUCAACACCUCAACUUUCUCUUUAGUUCCAUUUCAAUGGCAUUUUUAAAGCACUAUUCUCUUAAGAGCAUCAUUUGCUUCAUAACAUUUUUGUCAUUUUUACAUCUCCAACACUCAAACGCAGUUAAAGGUGGCUAUUGGUCACCAGAUAACGGUGUUUCGGCCUCGGAAAUCGACACAACUCUCUUCACCCACCUCUUCUGCGCCUUUGCAAGCCUUGACACACAAACCAAUCAACUCACAAUCUCUUCAGAAUGUGCCUCAUUCCCUCAAACCAUCAAACAAAACAACCCUUCAGUAUUAGCCCUACUAUCAAUAGGUGGAGGUAACACAAACUCUAGUACAUUCUACAGCAUGGCUAGCCAGCCUAGCUCGCGAAAAGCAUUUAUAGAUUCGUCCUUAGACCUCGCUGUUUCGAAUGGUUAUGAUGGGCUAGAUCUAGAUUGGGAGCAACAAACCAACAACAGCGAAAUGAGUAGCUUGGGAAUCCUCCUAGAAGAAUGGAGGGCUGCUAUAAAUGCUCGAUCAACUGCUCCGUCUUUGCUAUUAACCGCAGCCCUUCGUUACACAGCCGAAGCAAGUGAAGGUGUUCCUUUCCCUAUUCAAUCUAUUUCUGAUAACUUAGAUUUUGUUAAUGUCAUGGCGUAUGACUUCUACGCACCUGCUUGGUCUCCAAUGCCAUUUGUUACAAGGCCUCAUGCUUCGCUUCGAGAUCCAUCAAGUGAAGUGAGUGGAAGUAAUGGAAUUAGUGCUUGGAUUAAUGCUGGUGUUCCUGCUAAUAAACUUGUGUUAGGAGUUCCAUUUUAUGGGUAUGCAUGGAGAUUGAUGGAUCCUAAUAAUAAUGGUAUUUUAGCACCAUCUUCUGGUGGAGAUACUAGUGUUGGUAAUGGAUCACCUAGUUAUCAAAAUAUUAAGGAUUUUAUUAGUCAAAAUGAUGCAACAGUUGUGUUUGAUUCUACUUAUGUUACUAAUUAUUGUUAUUCUGGAUCUACAUGGAUUGCUUAUGAUGAUACACAAACUAUUGCUGCUAAGGUUGGAUAUGCUAAGGAUACUGGCUUGCUUGGUUAUUUUGCUUGGAAUGUUGUCCAAGAUAGUAAUUGGGCUUUAUCUACACAAGCGUCGCAGACAUGGGGAGCCUAGCUGAUGAAGAACUAGCAGGGAAGGCACCUGAAAAUAAUCACAGGAAAUGUAGUGUGAAAGUAUACAAGUAUAGAUUAUUUCUACACGCCUCUUUAUAUUGUCACGGGAUUGAAUUAGUGUAAUUUUCUACAUGCCUUAUUAUAUGAAAAGUGUUGUAUUUUAUACCUGCCUCAAAAUUUAUCCAAUAUAUAUAAAAACGAGUCUUGAUCCGA